GAGGGAAAGCGUGUGCCAACGAGACAUAGAUGCCGGUGGCGCGACCAGAGUCAUCUGAUUCUAGGAUCAUUGCUCACGUCGACAUGGAUUGCUUUUACGUUCAAGUGGAGCAACGCAAACAACCUCAUUUAAGAGGUCAACCAACUGCUGUAGUACAAUACAACUCUUGGAAAGGUGGGGGCCUGAUUGCUGUCAGUUAUGAGGCCAGGAAGGAUGGGGUGAAACGCUCAAUGCGAGGUGAUGAGGCAAAGAAAGUUUGUCCGCAAAUUCAGCUAGUCCAAGUUCCUGUGGCCCGUGGUAAAGCUGACUUAAGCAUAUAUCGGAAUGCAGGUUGUUUCCAUUCUUGCGAGAAAGGGUCGAUGCGAGCGUGCAUCAAUUGAUGAAGUGUACCUUGACCUCACUGAUGCUGCUGAAACAAUGUUGAAAGAAACACCACUAGAAAGCUUGGAAAGUAUCAAUGAAGAAGUUCUCAAAUCACAUGUUUUGGAGCUUAGUUCAAAUGGAAAUGAUGACAAAGAACUUGUGAGGGAAUGGCUGCAGAGGAGAGAUGCUGAUCACCGUGACAAGUUGUUAGCGUGUGGAGCCUUUAUUGUUGCUGAACUCAGGUUGCAAGUUUUACGGGAGACUGAGUUUACAUGUUCGGCAGGCAUUGCCCAUAACAAAAUGCUGGCUAAACUAGCAAGUGGCAUGAAUAAGCCUGCACAACAAACUAUUGUCCCCUUUGCAUCAGUGAAGGGGCUUCUUGAACCUUUGCCUAUAAAGAAAAUGAAACAGCUUGGUGGGAAGCUUGGGAGUUCCUUGCAAAUUGACCUCGGUGUGAAUACUGUUGGGGAUCUAUUGCAGUUCUCUCAGGAAAAACUACAAGAUUUCUAUGGUGUCAAUACCGGUACAUGGCUAUGGAAUGUUGCGAGAGGGAUCAGUGGGGAGGAAGUUGAGGGUCGCCUGCUCCCUAAGAGCCAUGGCUCUGGGAAGACAUUUCCUGGACCUAGGGCCUUAAAAACUCUUGCUGCUGUUGAAAAAUGGCUCAAAGAACUUUGUGAAGAAUUAAGUGAACGACUGCAGUCAGACCUGGAGAAGAAUAAACGAGUCGCACAUACACUUACUCUGCAUGCUAAUGCGUACAAGUCCACAGAUACAGAUUCAUACAAAAAGUUCCCUUCUAAGUCAUGUCCUUUGAGAUAUGGGGGAGGAAAGAUUCAAGAAGAUGCUGUAAAUCUUUUCCAAGCUGGAUUACGUGAAUACCUUGGGGCAUACAUAGGAAGCCAGUGCGGUGGAUGGGGAAUUACUGGUCUUUCUGUUUCAGCCAGUAAAAUUGUUCCUAUACCAUCUGGAACCUGUUCGAUUACAAGGUACUUCCAGUGUCGAGAUCAGUUUCACUCUUCAUCAGAACUGUCAGAUGAAAAAUUCAUACCCGAAGAUGAUCUUUUGUCACCAUCAAGAAGUGAGAGCCAUCCAGCCCCUCAUCAAACGGAGCAACAAACUGAAUGUGGUGGGGAAGAGGCUCCAGUCACAUAUGAUAUUACCAGUUUUGAUCAAUAUGAGAAUGCAUGUAAAGAUGAGCAGGCUAGCAGUGAUAUCACCAGAGAAGUUUCCCACUUAUUAUCAGGAGCUGAAAGCUGUUCAACUCCCAAGCAGAACGAACGACAACUGAGGUUACCUGGGAAAGAAUCGAAGAUGAAGUACCCUAGUGAUGGAAUAAGAUCAUAUGGACAGAAAAGAAAGGCAACAAAAGAAAAGGGAACAUCUUCCAUCCUAAGAUUUCUCCAAAGCAACUCUUGCUCGACGUCAAAGCAAGAUAACGUCAGUGCUCUCCAAGAAACAAAGCCUUUGUCGUCUGUAGUACAAGAACCACUAGUUAUGGAGAGUGAGAGCUUUCCCGGAAGUCAAAACGGACGGAGCACAAAUACAUGGAGUUACAAGGCGGAUGAAAUCGACCAAUCUGUGGUUGAUGAGUUACCACCGGAACUACAGGAAGAAGUUCGUACUUGGCUGCGGCCUCAAAAGCGUGCUAACAUGGUGAAACAAGGUUCUAGCAUCGCUCAUUACUUCCCUCCUAGCAAAAACGAACAGAGAAAUCCCAAGUAACCCCAAAGGUCACCGGUUCGAUUCUCUCGUAGGCCACUGUGGAUUUUCCUGGAUGUUUUGUACGCACCAUGGGAUUUUCCUGACUAUUUAGUCGAGGUAUGCACCAGCUGACCCGUACACGUACGGUUAAAGAACUGUAUAUAUUUAAGUGUUUGUAAAUAUUUAUCGUCAAAACAUAAAAAUGUAAUUUUAUUUGGAAUGCAUUUUAGAAAUUUGCAAAUUGUAAACUUGAAAAACUUUCCACAUCGCACAAAAUUUUACA